UUGAAAGCUUGACGAUCGGAAGUCGGACGGGUACUCGGUGUGACUAGUGACAACGCGCUACGUCACGCCGGGCAUAAACGCGUCGCGUCCGCUUGGAUGUUUAAUCCACAACUGUGAACACCUCCCACGAAAUGCCAGCACAGAAACGUAAAUCAGACGCCGGGGAAGCGUCAUCUUCAAAGAAAUCUCGCGCGUCUCACGCCUCUGCAAAAGCCCUCAUCAAAGCCAUUCUUGCCAACCCUGAUUCGUAUCCGAUCCCAGAUGACGAGGACGAUAUCCGUCAGUCCCUGGUUGAUUUGGCUCAGUACGUGAGAGAGCUUGAGCAGGAUGCUCAGCAAGGAGGGGCUGGUUCUGCGCCCAAGGCUAUGAGCGCUGAUCAACUUGCUGCGGCUGCCGAAAAGAUCAGAAAGGCUGCUAACAGCGGUAUCAAGAAGCAAAUGACCUGGAAACCGUCGUGCAAGGCUGGUUCUGCCAAGUGGUGCUACGAUGGCGUUUGCGCGGAUCCCGUUGUCUUCGGUACCAUGCUGGGCCUUGGCGGUCCACCAACAUGGAAAACGCACAAGAUGCCCAUUGACGACUUUGAAAAUCGCAUUGGUCGCCUCGACGCGUCUGCCAGGUAUUCGAACCUCUACAUCAAAGGUCAGCACGUAAACAUCCGCUGGAGCGAUAGUGGAGAGUUCAAGUUUAGUGGAACGUAUGGCGCAUAACUUAUUCCCCGUCUUUCCUCCCAAAUGUUUUGAAGAGUAUACAACUGCUUCUUUCUUGUCACUAAUCGAUCCCAUAGGUACCUACUUGCCCUUUAAUUUACCCUACACUUCUGUUGCUCCUGUGAAUGGUAUACAACAUUUUCGAAUUCAUUGACAUCCUUGAUUCUG